UUUACACCUGGCACAACGGCUCUUUUCAGAGCCACACAUGUUCACUAGCAGAGCUCAACCACAUAACUGCAUUAAUCAUUUAUUUACUUUCAUAUAAUUCUGACCGGCUUUUUGGGAAACUCCUUUAUUUGCAUAUGUUAUAUAUUUAGGUCUUACUGUACGAAUGAGAUGCGCUUCUUAAACAUGUAAUCAGGCUGAACUUUAGCGUCUGUCCUUAAAUAUGUCAAAAUGCAUAUGAAAUCUAGACCUUUUAUAUGUUGGAGAAUACAGAGGGAAAAUAAGCACUGUAUAUGUUUAAAGAAUACAACAAUAUUUAGCAUUUAAGUAUGCUUAUUUAUAUAAAGUACAGGGUUUGAAAUGUCCUGUUAAACUGAGGUGAGUCAGUUUGAAAACUGUAAAGCACAAAAGUACUGAUUUUUGAUUAAUGGCCCAAACAAUCUUCAUAACAAUUAUUUGCAAUUUUAUUCAUUACAAUUGUAUUUUCAUGUUUUAUAAAGUAACAAGAGAAAUAGUGACCUCUUUUCUGAUCAGUGAACACUCCACUCUCACUGAUAAAAUACUGACCAGUCACAUUACGAUUAGUCUAAACAAUAUUAAUUUAUAUCUGUAAUGAUUCCAUAGUCAGACUCUGCUGAUAGAUGUUUAAUGGUUUUGUACAUAUUUAAAGAGCAGCUGAAAACAGCUGAUUUUCUAUUUUACUUGAUUUAUUUCUGCUGCUCGGCUGGACUAUUUAUAAAAUUGAUUCACAUGCACGAAGUGACUGAAGUCACAUAUUUUCCUUAUGUUUAUUGUAAGUCAUCAAGAAUUUCAGGGAAUAACAAUGAUCAACUUGACAUUCAGAAAUGCUUUAACCUAAAUAGCUAAAUGAUGAAAAAUACAAUAUUUUUUCAACACGCAGGAUUAAACUUGAAUUCAAAUUCAACUAUAGCUUAUUCUAUUAUAUAUACUUGUGUUCCUUUCCAGCCAGGAUUCUAUUUGAAGUAAACUAAAACCAUGUUUCACUAAACUGCAGUUAAACAGUUUCAUUUUAAACUGUGCAUUAGUGAUGUGUUGGUCUGAAUGAAGCGGCUCUUAGAGCGACAAUAACUCUCCUCUGAUUGGACGAUCACAUUUCCCUCUCAUUCUGACCAAUCAGUGAGCAGCUGUGUUCCUAUAUAAGGCUGCAGUUUGUCGCCUUGACGUUAUUCUAGUUUCUGUUCUCAGUAAGAAGCUUUUAUUGUCUGAAACAUGUCUGGACGUGGAAAGACCGGCGGCAAAGCCAGAGCCAAGGCAAAGACCCGCUCCUCCCGGGCAGGACUUCAGUUCCCGGUGGGUCGUGUCCACAGACUGCUGAGGAAGGGCAACUAUGCGGAGCGUGUGGGUGCCGGCGCUCCCGUCUACCUGGCGGCUGUGCUGGAGUACCUGACCGCUGAGAUCCUGGAGCUGGCUGGAAACGCCGCCAGAGACAACAAGAAAACUCGCAUCAUUCCCCGUCACUUGCAGCUGGCUGUCCGCAACGAUGAGGAGCUCAACAAGCUGCUGGGCGGAGUGACCAUCGCUCAGGGCGGCGUGCUGCCCAACAUCCAGGCUGUGCUGCUGCCCAAGAAGACCGAGAAGCCCGCUAAGUCCAAGUAAACGAUCCACAUCAUGUAAAAAAAACAAACGGCUCUUUUCAGAGCCACACACAAACUCUCAAUGAGCAUCUAUCUAGGUCCUUUUGUGUAGGAAAAUAUUACAACUUGUAGCCUCAGCUACUUUUGACUUAAUGACACAUGAAGUUAAACUGUGUUUCAGGCUGUUUUUCUACAACGGUAUAUCUGACAAAUAAGUACUGCUCUCACCAACUUUCGUCACUACAGUAGGUAUGAGUUUAAGUUGUUCUCCAAUACUGAAUCACCACUUUCAAGUAAACAAUUUAGAAAAGGAAAUCAACUCUUAUCACUGAUUCUAGUAUCUUUAUAUUGAGGGUUUUUUUCUUUGUUUGUACUUCCCUGUGUAAUUUAGAUGGUGAUAAUAUAUUUUAUUUAAAAAAUUUAGAUCUCCAUGUUAUGUUCCAUAAAUUACCCUGUAUAAUUUAGAAAUUAAGGUUUCCGUUGAUUUAGUCAGUUUGACUCCGCCCACUGAAACUGUCAUCGACUGUCCUCUAUUACGUCCGCAGUUCAGCCCUGUCUGUCAGCUCUGGUAAAGCCAAGCAAAGGAUUCACAUCCUGCAACAAACCAGCGGCUCUUUCCAGAGCCAUAAACUCUCACUGAGCAUCGGCUGUCCUUCGUUCCAUGCCAUGUGGAUGUAUCCAAUGGGCAGUUACGCUAAGAUUUAAGCUUUUAUUAUGUGCGGUCCCGUUAUCUGGAGUAGUAGAGACCUAUUCUAAUUAUUCAAAUCUCCUUUUGAGCUCGACAUUCAUUUUAGUGUACUCAUUAUCUAUAUAUUUAGAAAAUAUCUUUCUGCAUCGCGGACUGGCACCUGCUCUUCCCCAUAUUUUGCCAGUGAGGGCUCUGAGGGAGUCUGAGUCUACUGUUGAUAACGGGAGCAUGUUCUCAACAACAUACCUGCCUAUCAUUCCACUCAGCUCAGUCUGGUGUCACAAGUUUUUGUGAAGCUUGAGCAGAAAAAUCCAGCUUUAGCUGCUUGGACAGCGUGGCUCAGUGCCCUUCAUUUGUUAGCGGGGCUCACGUUAGCCACAUCUGGCAUGUAUAAUCAUCAUCACAAAACUGGCCAACAAUGGUGCUUUUGGCCACUAAUUUUGUAGAAACGUGUGCCAUUGAGAGAUGCUUCAUUAGAUUUGAGUUGUGUUGAAGAAAUUUCACUCUUAGUCCUUCGAAGUUUGCUGCAGUGGGUUGUUUAUUGGUACUCCGAUAUAAGGUGGGCUUACCAAUACAGAACAUGAGUCUGUAAAGGUAAGCCGACCCAGAACAUCUGGAGAGUACCAAAUUUAUAGGGAUGGUCAGAGAGUGGGUCAGAGGGUCGGGGGGCUAAAUACAAGCAUGAAAAGUGGUUCAUUUGUCUUUGGUUGCUAAUCAGUAACAGAGGGUAAGACAUAAAGAACAAGGAGUAAUUCAAUCAAAGGAUCUGGCAAACAGAUGCAAAUGGAAAAGGUGUGACAACACAAAUGAAGAGGGUGUGUGUGUGUUUGGGGGGGGGGGUCUGACAGACAGUAACAAAUAACAAAGAUAAAAGAAUUGUGGAUAAAUUAAAUGCAGGGGGUGACAGGUGACACUAAUACCAAAAGGUUGCUUACAAUGGACCUGGACAAACAUUUCAUAACGUACACUUCACAUGAUGCACGUUCUUGCCUUUUACCUCAAGGAGAAUAAAGUAAUGUCUGUACUUCCACUUUGAAAAUUCUGUUAAAAAAUUUUGCCACCCUUGUAUAUAUUGUAAAUAAAGCUGCUGUAACAAUGUAAAUUUCCCCUGGAGUGGGGAGAAAUAAAGAACUUUAUCUUAUCUUAUCUUAUCUUUUCCUUCCAGACUCGCCACUGCUGCCGCUGACCUCUGCUGUUUUUUUUGUGUGCAUGUCACGUGUGUGAUUUGCGUGUAAACUGAACACUGACUCUGAUUGGCUGACAGUGAAUACUUACUCUACCUUAGCCAAUUAUCAUCACUGUUGCGGUCGUCUCGCCCCUCCCUCCUCCCUCACCAAAGGAAAAAAAAAUAAACAGCUUUGCAGCUCCUGUGGCUGAGAGACAAGUCGGA